AUGAACGGAGUAACUUCUUUUGUGCUGCUCUUGGCAGCUCUAUUGGCUUUCGAGGUGGUCGAUAGUAAGCCCAUGGGUAACGUCAUUGACUUGGACAAGUUCUUUGAGGAGGCAGACACUAAUUCCCAGGAGCGCGUAGUGGGCGGCUAUGAUGUGCCGGAGGACGAGUAUGUUCCCUACCAGGUCUCGAUGCAGUUCCUCACUCGCAACGGCCAGAAGCGACAUUUCUGCGGUGGUUCCUUGGUGGCUCCAAAUCGUGUCCUUACUGCCGCUCACUGCGUCAAUGGCCAGAAUGCCAGCCGGAUUAGUGUGGUGGCCGGUAUCCGGGAUCUGAAUGACUCCUCCGGCUUCCGAUCGCAGGUGCUGUCGUAUGAGAUGAACGAGAACUACCAGGAGCUGGUGACCAGCGAUAUAGCCAUUCUAAAGAUUGACCCUCCAUUUGAGCUGGACGAGAAGCGGGUCUCCACCAUAGAUGUGAGCAGCUCGGAUCUGGUUGGCGCUGAUCAGGAGGUCCUGCUUACCGGCUGGGGUUCGGUCUUUCACUUUGGCACAGGACCCUUUGCCAAGUAUCCUACGGUGCUGCAGAAACUCAACUACAAGACCCUGAGCAAUGCCAAGUGCAAGCAGACCAUGACGCAGUUGACGGACACAGAGAUCUGUGCCCUGGAAAGGUUUGGCAAGGGGGCUUGCAAUGGCGACUCUGGCGGCCCUCUGGUGAUGAAGAGUGGUGAGACCUUGCGUCAGGUGGGCGUCGUUUCCUACGGCACCGCUUUCUGUGCCUCCAACAGUCCCGAUGUCUACACCAGAGUGUCCAUGUUCGAUGGUUGGAUCAAAGAGAGAAUGGCCUAA